AUGCCUCUCUUCACACCCCAGUUCCAGAUCGUUUCCGACCUCCAUCUAGAAACACCACUAACGACGCCACAAUACACCUCCUUCCGUCUCAAUUUCCAAGCCAACAACCUAAUCCUCCUCGGCGACAUAGGCCUCGUCGUGAACUGCAGAUUAUUCGACUUCCUACGCCGCACGCUAGAGCAGAACAGAGGAUGUCGCGUAUUCUACAUACUAGGAAACCACGAACCCUACCAAACCACGUACGAGCAGGCGCACGGAUUACUGCGCGAUUUCGAACAAGACGCUAAGGAAGCUUUCGGCGGUCGCUUCAAGUUUCUCUGUCGCGAUCGCUACGUCGUGGAUAAGAAUAUUACCAUCUUAUGUGACGGUUUGGGCCUUGCCAAGACCUACUCAGGUGCGAGUUGGUUCCUCGAUAGCUAUACAAUGUAA